CAUCUUGCCGGCGCCGGGAGGAGCGGAACGGAGCGUAGCGGCGGGUAGCGAGUCGCCGUGCGGGCCCGCCAUGCCGCACUACCAGGCCUGGGAGGAGUUCACUCGCGCCGCGGAGAAGCUCUACCUCGCCGAUCCCAUGAAGGUGCGAGUUGUUCUCAAAUAUCGACACUGUGAUGGGAACCUCUGCAUCAAAGUAACGGACGAUGUAGCUUGCUUGCUGUAUAGAACAGACCAGGCACAGGAUGUAAAGAAGAUUGAGAAGUUCCACAGUCAGCUGAUGCGACUGAUGGUGGCUAAGGAAUCCCGCAGUGCUGCCAUGGAAACAGACUGAGCUGCUGAAAAGAAAGGAGCGCCACAGUCGGAUUUCACUGGAAGAAAACAUCUCUUGGAUUUGAACAAAUAGCGGGACAGGAGAUGCUUUUUCAUGCCAAAGUGGACUGUUACAAGUGUAGAGUAUCCUCCUCCCCUGACUCCACUUUGGAAAACUAGGAAAAUUAAUGCUUUCAAUUGAAAGCUUAUAUUUAUUUUCAGGAAUUGAACAAGAAACUAUUCUUACACACCAAGUACGCUAAGAAGACAAGUCUUCACAAUUCUACAGUACUUGUGUGAAUUUGGUGGGCCACAAGCAUAUUUCUGGAAAGUUGUAAUAAAAUUCCAUAUAGGUUUUGUUGUCUUCAUAUGUUAUGCUGAUGUAUUCUCAGUGAGAGGCUUUAUUAACAUAAUACUGUAGUGUGAUUAAUGGAUCUAAUAAAUAUUUACAUAAAUAAUAUACUUCAGUGGGGUUUAGAAGAAUGCAAUUUUAACAUUUCACUUCAGAAAGCAGCCAAUGUAUACUAAGACUGCACCUAGCAAAAUUUUAGCUUUUAGUAUUGAUUUCGGUCACGUGUAACAUCAGCAAUGCAUCUGUAGAAUCCAUGUGAUAUUGGGUAAAUAAUUAAGCUGCUCUAUUUGAAAUGUUAAAGUAACACUUGCUGUGUGCAGUUAGCAAUACUCGAGCAGUUUCUUUUCUGGUUAGGCAGAUAUUGAUGAAAAAUACCAGAACAUUCUUUCAGUACUUGAACUGUUGCAUACUAGAAAAGGGGACCUUUGCCAUCCUUGCCUCGGGCAGAGUUGAAGUGCAUCAGCAGGACUAAUUCUAGAAGCUUUUGCUUGUUAUGUUAAUAGAAGAAUGCAACCAGCCACUAUCCAGUCAUUUUUAGCUAUUUGUGAACUGUGCAUUUUCAAAUGUUACAUGAGGCACAUGGAUAUCAGCCAGCUGAACAGAUAGAUAAAAACCAGCUUAAUAAAUACAACUGUCAAAAAUAGACCCGUGCCCACUACGCUUUGACUUUUUUUGCACGCUUACCUCUGGUAAAGUGAUGAAAAUUUUGUCUUUUACAAAAGUUUUUAUGCUUGACAGCCCAGUAGCUGAAAUUGAUACUGGACCAUGCAUACCUAAAACCACACUUUGUUUUUUAUAUAAAUAUGCUACUGCUGUACUGUAUGCCCAGAUUGUUUUGGCUUUAAGAAAAAAAAUAAGUAAAUAAUCAAGCUGUGAAAACAAGCCAGAGCCAUACAAGACUUGUCUGCGCUAGCAUUUAAAUAUGGCAAAACAAUCCACUUCAAUAGCUAUCUGUUGUCACUGACAUUAAAUAAGCACAGUCUAAUUAGAAGCAAUUCUCACAUUUGCUGAGGUCUCUAACACAAAACACAGGCUCAGCUGCUGCAGUAGAGUACCCAGUAACCAGCUGAUGUGCAACACCGCAUGCUUUUGGAAAGCCCUUAGGUGCUAAAUUGCCAGUAGCCACUCUGUAGGAGUGACCUACAUGUAAUGUUUUUGGAUUGGCUUUUGAAAUGCAGAUAAACCCAGAGAGAAUUAUGGACUUCGUCCAUAAUUAAGCUGUAAUAAGAUACUGUGAUCUGAAAAUUUUCCUGGAUACUCCAAAUUGUCAUCUUAAUAUUACAAUAUAGCACAUUAAGGACUCAAGCCAUUUUUUAAUCUAGAAUACUGUUCUGAGGUGUACGGGUGCUGUGUAGAAGUCACACAAGUUUUACACUACUAACUUGGCAGGUGCAAAGGCUGCUGCUAUUUCAGUGUGAUUUUUGGCCACUUACAAAUUGGUUUGGCAUGAGAGGUCUUCUGUGAGCAGAGGGACAGAAGGAUUUGACUGUAUUCACUUGUGCAUGGAGGAUAAAGGUAAAGAGAGGGCUGCAGGUAAACUUUGUGCACCAGGGGGCUGAAAGGAUUGAACUAGAGACUGAGGUUUUAAAGAGGAGUACUGGUGACUAGCAGAGGAAGGGAUUACAGUGCUAUACUAAAUUGCAGUUGUCAAGAAAAAGGCAGGAAAAUCAAUUUCUGGUUGCCUAAAUUCAGACAUUAUUGCUGGAAAAUCACAAGGAAAUAUUAAAGCUGCAUUCUUAAAGGCGAUGUUAUGCUUGUUCUUUGUGUACUUGCUGGAAAAUGAAGAUGGUACUAAGCAAUUAUAAUAAAAAUACUGCUAUAGCUAUUGUUUUAAAACAAACAAGCCUUCAGAAAUUCACUUAGGGGAAAAAAGAUGACAUAUUUCAUGCUUUUUGACUUUGUCCUGCAGCUUUCAGUCACUUCAGUACUCUGUUCAUGGGAUGCUUCGUAGAAACACUGAACUCAAAGCUCUGCUUCGUACUGCUAAUGCUCUUGUUGAGAGUACAGUUCGCACUUGUUGCAUCUGUACUGUAGUUACCAACUCCUAAUAAACGUUGUCAUGGAGUUAAGCCAAA